GUUAUUCUGAUUACAGUUCAGAGGCUAAGCUGUUAGCUAAAAUCAGGAACCGGGUUCCAAAGCUUCUGUUACCUGAGCUAUUCUCGUUGGCAAAAGAGAUAACUUGUCUAUAGGAGGAAUGGAAUCCAUGAACGAUAUAAUUGAUUCGCAAGCGUUCAGUCACCAGCAAUUGGUAGUGGAAACAACUGAGUUCAUAGAACAUGUCGGACAGGUGGGAGCACAAAAACUGAAUCCCACGCCAACUGGUGAGUCAGAUGCGUUGAACGGAAUGAUGACGGACAGUGUUGGCCGGAUACAUGACGGUGAUGAGGACGAUGCAGAUGAACUGGACGACGGCGAGGAGGGGGCGGAGCCCAGUUCAGCUGUGGUUAUGGUUAUCGACGAACUGGGCAGCGGCAGCACUUUGCAGACGACGUAUCAAUUAGUGCCUGAGCAACUUCAACUACAGGAUGGGGCCAGGACUCUAUCCUUACUGCCCAUGCACCAUGCAGAUGAGCGACCUGUUAGUCCAGUUGAGUUCGAUGGCUCUGAUGAUAUAAGCCUGGAUGGCUUAUCAACGCAAAUUAUAGCCGUUAAGCAGGAGCACAAGCUGGUCAUAGUGCAACGGGAUCCGGAUGCCAAUGGGAUCAUUAAUCGACGCACCAGUCCACAUCUUGGUCUUAAUAUAUCGCAUGUUAAUGUUAUUGAUGAAUUGUCCUCAGAUGGCGGCAUCGAGGAGGUUACUUUAAAUCAGCACCAUCAACAGCUCCUCGAUGAACAGCAGCAGCAGCAUCAUCAUCAGCAUCAGCACAAUCACCAGCACAACCUCCAGCAGCAGCAGCAUCACCAGCAUCACCAACAUCAUCACCCACAAUACGGACAGCGUCUGGUYACUACAUCGGAAAUAAUUCAUCAUCAUCAUCAACAGCAGCAGCAGCAUCAACAGCAGCGUCAGUUAGCAUCGGGUCAAGGACAUCAUAGAGAAUCGCUUUCAGUAAUUGUUCAGGCUCAUGAUGACGAUGAUGAUGACAUUGAUGACGAUGAUGAGGAGGUUGAUGAACACGUUUCAGCCAGUCAAUCGCUUAGUCCGCCACUAAGCGUCGAACAUAGCACCUACCAAACAUUGACGUCAGUCAACAACCAACGCAUAUCAGAGCCGAGUUUCAGUCCGACAUCAUAUGCUACGCUAACACCAAUUCAGCCGCUGCCCCCAAUUUCGACAAUGUCCGAUAAAUUCGCCUAUGCAGGUGGACAUAUUAACUCAGGCAACGGGAGUAGCAGCAACAACAAUGCAACAAUUCGAUCUAAUAAUAAUAAUAGCAGCAAUAGCAAUUCAGAUCGAACGUUUGCCAACAGCCUGCCUUUGCCCAUUGAGGCGACACAUCAGGGCUCGUUGUCGAAUUUGAACCUAAGUGGGUUGGUCUCGGACGUGCAGUCUCCAUAUUCAAGCUCGUACGAUAAAUUGCCUUCACUUAUAUCACCUACGCCUCACGCCUACGCUAGUUCGCCAUCACAAGGACUCUCUGGCUUGGUUAAUACAUGCGAUCUGCAUAGUCACAGCUCGACGGUGUCCUCUCCAGUGAAUGGCUCUCCUGCUGGUGGUCAUCUGCAGUUGCAUAAGGCAUCCACGGCAUCCGGAGGAGGGCAACCACAUCUUCAUAAUCAACAAGUGACUGUACAGAAGCAGGUCAUUUGCCUCUCGCCAACAACAGCCACUGGCAUUUCUGAUUAUGACGUAUCGUAUCGUCCUAGCCAGCAGCCUGACCCAGACCUACUCAUGUCUAGAGCUGAUACGACAGAUCGUAACGCUCAGCUAAGGCUCCAGCAUAGUCCAACACUCAGUUCCCAUUCGGUUUCAGCAGGCUCCGUUGUCUCCAUGUCAUUGCACUCGCCGGCCUCUGCAGUAACGCUGCCCCACAUUAAUGGAUCGGUCAACAACCUAACUGCCGACUUGCCAGUCGUUAACAUGUCACCAACGCCGACCACAGUGGGUGGCAAUGAUAGCUCGAUCGACGAGCUGGUCCAGCAACAGCUUAAGAGUCAGCACAACAGCAGCAACGCGGAUUGCCAUGUAGAGAAUAAUGUUGUCAACAGUCUCGAUGUCUGCAACCUAAAUCAACAGCAACAUCAGCCGAAUGGCUUCAAUUCAGAUCAAGCGCAUUCGCAACAACAGCAGCAGCAACCGAAGUUGUCUCCGAAGUUAAGUGGAGUUGCCGCUAAUCCAUUAUCACGCUCGACAGCUGCUGCUCCGAGUGACAUGGAAGAGAUAAAUACCAAAGAGUUGGCCCAGCGCAUUUCUGCAGAGCUCAAGCGGUAUAGCAUACCCCAGGCGAUAUUUGCCCAACGGGUGCUAUGUCGUUCACAGGGCACUCUGUCCGACCUAUUGCGCAAUCCAAAACCCUGGUCGAAGCUGAAAUCGGGUCGGGAGACUUUUCGACGCAUGUUCAAAUGGCUGCAAGAACCAGAAUUUCAACGUAUGUCUGCUCUACGAAUGGCUGCUGCUCAAAUACCCCAGAGACCAUCAGCAGGAGCUGGAACUGGAUCCGGCAACGGCAACAUCAUAUUCACAACAACAACGCCGCCUGGUUCGGGCUCGGGCUCGACAAACUUAUCAGGAACGAGCUCAGUUGCAGUAACGCCAUCGGCCACUGUGCAUACCAACGAAAGUUCAGGGGCGACGCAUGGAUCAAGCAUUGCAACAAAUGCAAUGCUAAGCAGUUCGGGCCUUGCCUCCAGCUGUCGUCGCAAAGAGGAACCGCAUAUAGAGCAAAUGCCGCAACCGAAAAAGCCCCGUUUAGUUUUUACAGAUCUGCAGCGACGGACACUACAAGCAAUUUUUAAGGAAACAAAGAGGCCUUCAAAGGAGAUGCAAGUGACGAUUGCACGCCAGCUUGGAUUGGAGCCAACGACAGUGGGCAACUUUUUUAUGAAUGCGCGAAGACGCUCAAUGGACAAAUGGCGCGACGACGAUAAUAAGAAUUUACAGCACUCGCAUAGUAGACAGCACCAGCACCAGCACCAGCAGCAACACCAGCACCAACAGCAGCAGCAGCAGCAGCAAGAGCAACAGCUUCAGCACCAGCAGCAGAAUCAGCAGCAUGAAGAGGAGGAAGAUGAGCGAAGCAGCGGACACUAUAGCAACCUGCACACGACAGCGAUGUCGCCGUUGGGUAAUUUCGAUGAAGAUGGCGAAAUGGACUUGGAGCUAGAACACCAUGACUUCUUAGUAGCUGAUCAUGAUGAUGAUGAACACGAGGAGCACGAUGACAUGUUGUGACAUAACAGAGAAUGUCUAGACGAACAGCUAACACAAAAUUCCUAUAAGCUUCAUGCCGAUGUCGAUUCAAAUGACCGUUUCAAAUUCAGCAAGAAGAAGAAUAGACAGCAGCAGAAAAAUAAGAAGAAAAGCAACGUUGUUAAUGCGAAAUGCGAUCAAGAUACCGGCUUGAAUCAACGUUCGAACACAUUAGCAGAUGAGUGGUCAAUCGACAGUUUAGGUGUUAUCGAUUGCGUUGAGUAUUUUAAUAGGCCGAUAGACGUGGAUGACAAUUUGCUAGCCAGCAUCAGCUCAGUCAAACGCUUGUCAGUUCGUUUGGGUACGAAAUGUUAUAAAGAUCCGGGCUUACAGUUUAAUAAAUUCUUAGUUCACUAAGCAAACAGAGAGAGGGAGAGAGAAAUAGCCGGAACUCUUCCACAUGCAAUGGAAUUUUUUUUUUUUUUUUUGGUAAUCAUUUUGUUAAAGCUUGUUUACAUACAUAUGUAUUUUUUCGGUGUCCCAAAACUUACCCCAGAAUCACCAAUUGAAUCUGGCGUAAGCUAAAUGCUACAAAGAUUCUUCGAUCAUCCUGUUGGGAAAUUAAAUGUCACUUCAGUUGGUUUAUGUUCCGGCUCCCCUUAAAAAUUAAACCUUUAUUUAUCAUCUUGAUCAGAACCCGAGUCGAUCAAGCAAUGUUCGU